AUGUUCCCGGAGCACGUGAACCUGAAGUGGGUUCGUUUUAACGGCUCUCUGCCCGACGGCGCCGUGGGCAUCUUCAACGGUUACGCCGAACGCACCGACUACGUUUGUAAAGUGAACUGCGAGUCGGGCUUCUACACCGCCGGCGCCGGCGCCGUCUGCCGUUACCCGUACGCCGACAAAGAGUACGCCUCCUCCAGGUUCGACGUCCUGGUGAACGUCGACCAUUUCGAGUUCCUGGUGUGGGCGGAGGAUUCGUACGGGGCGGUGCCGCCGUACUCCGUGCGCACCUGCCCCAACGCCGCCAUCUUCGUGGGUAAAAACAAAUACGGCCUGGGCAAAGUGGCGACGCAGCACGAGGCGUUUUUCCUGCCGUGGGAAGGCGAGGAAUACUGGUACAAGAACUACCAGGUCCUGACGAUAAACCGCGGCGCCUACACGCAGCACGUCUCCCACGUCCACUACGACAUCGACCACAUGCGCCUCUUCCACCAUCCACCGGAGGCGCUGCAGCUCGCCACAGUCACCAACCUGGAGUGCAGCGGCGUCCACAAAACCGUCGCCCUGGAGAAGUCGACGACGCUCGAGAAGCACUGGGACAUCGGCCGAGAAACCAGGAACGGAACCAUCAGCACCAUGAAGGCCAAGGUGCCCGUCCUCGGUCCGGGGAACGUGGACUUCACGACGGAGCAGACGGUGACGUUCUCUGAGGGCACCUCCAUGAGCGAGACCAUCAGCCACAAGGUGCAGGUGCAGAUCCUGGUUCCUAGUCUUCACUCGUGCUCGGUGAGGAUGGAGGGGCGGCGGAUGACGGCCGACAUCCCGUUUCAGGCUCGUCUGAGUCGGACGGAUCAGGACGGAGAGACGCGCUGGACGUCCAUCGCCGGGACGUACGACGGCGUCAACGUGGGCGAGAUCAACGCCGUGGUCGAGAGGUGCCAACCGCUGCCCGACGCCCCCCGCCCUGCCCCCCCGACUACUGACCCCGCCCCCCUGGCUGACCGAAGUGUUGAAGAAGCGGCUCCGCGGAAUCAAACCCCCGACCUCCUCCCGGAGCCCGGACAUGCCCCCUGCCCCGACCGCUGCCCCGACCGCUGCCCCGACCGCUGCCCCGACCGCUGCCCCGACCGCUGCCCCGCGCUCCUCUCCGGCACCGACCCGAGUUUGAGGCUUGAACUGAGGCUUUUCCCGGAGCUGAGCCACGGUGUCCUGUGA